CGUAGCCCGGAUCAAUUUCAAUAUCUGAAAUAUGAAUUCGUCAACGCCAAGGCAUACAGCAUGUUAUACGCUUUUACUAACCAUUACUGGAUUACUUGCGGCUUCAGCUGUGGAAUCCACAUUUGAUCCGGAUCUGAUUUGCACACUGGUUGUAAAUGGGACUAAAAUAAAUGAUCCUAGGGCCUGUAAUAGCUGGAUACAGUGCAUCGAUGAGAUGCCUGUUAAUGGAACCUGCGCCGAGGGACUUUUCUAUGACAGAAACAGUGAGGAUUGUGUGGCAUCGAAGGACGUUGUGUGCAUCUCAAGCGAUGCAUGUGCGGAAAUGGCGAAUGGCUUUACCGCCGAUCCGUACACCUGCAAUGGAUAUUACUAUUGCAAGAAUGGAACGGGAACACGAGGAGAGUGUAAUGCUGGAUUGAACUUUAACCCUGGAACUGAGGCAUGUAUCCGUGACUAUCCCUGCAAUUUCAAAAUGAGUCCCGAUAACUACUGCAAUAUAUUGCCUGAUGGGGUGUUCAUCAAGGAUCCCUGGAAUUGUAAUGGCUGGCAAAUGUGCUGGCAGGGUGAGAUCGUUAAUGGAACCUGUCCCGACAGCUUCUUAUUCAGUGGAAGCCUCGGCAAAUGUGAUUAUCCACAGAACGUGGAGUGCACCUUCACGGAGCCGCCACCUCAAACGGCUGAGCCGGAUUACUGCCCCAAGGUGGGCAGUUUUGUGUCCGACGAUCGCACGUGCAAUGGAUAUUAUUAUUGCCGGAAAAACACUGAGGGACAAAUGGUUCUGGAGCAUGGCGUGUGUCCCGAUGGACGCUUCUUCAGUGGAGAUAAUGACGGCGCCUGUGUGCCACGAACUGACGUACGUUGCGAGUAUAACCGCUGCGUCAACAUGGGUAAUUCGACGAUACAGCUGGCCAACCUGUCGGAUGAUGGAUGCACGGGAUUUGCCAUUUGUCAAAAUGGUACCACAAUUGCCAUGGCUGACUGUCCAAAUGGCGAGUAUUUCAAUGAACUGACUCAACUUUGCACCACGCAGGUCAUAUCGUUUAAAGCCUGCUCCCUAUCAACGGAAUCUACGACAGAAACGAUGAUCGAUGAGGAAAUAACAACGACCACAGCUACGUAAGCAAUAAGGGGAUUUUGGAAGAGCAUUGGGUUUAAAGAUUGGUAUAACUUCUGUAAUAAUAAAAUUACAUGUAUAAUAAGUCCUUACAUUUUUUAAUAAAUUAUCGACAAUAUUUAUUUACAA